CGCAACUCACUCGUCCUGAAGGAGCGGCAUUCAGGUACCCUCACCCACGAAACCCAUAGCACCUCGUCCAUCGACCAUCGACAUGGGGAGAGCUCCAACAUGUCUAUUCCGCCACUCAAUAAUGGUGGCGAAGCCUUUACUGCGUCCCACGGCCUCACCACGCCUCAUUAACCGCUCCUUGCCUCAUCGUCGCGCCUUCGCCGACGUCAAGCGACCACCGGGGGCGCCGAAGCCAAUCAUCGACAUUCGGCACAUCAGGGAGAACGCGAAGCUGCACGAGGAAAACUGCAUCGACCGCAACUAUGCCGAUCAAAGUAAGAGCCCAGCACGCAUCAACGAAAUCUUUGCACAAUGGCAGGCUCUCCAGAAGGACAGCCGCGUCGUCCGCGAGCGGUCUAACCUCCUGCGCCGCCAGAUCGCCAACCCGGCCUCGAGCCGCGACGACGCUGAUUUGGUCAAAAUGAAGGAGAGAUCGCGCGAGGAGCUGCUUGCAGAGGCGCGCGAGCUCAAGCAGAAGCUCACCGCCGUCGAGCAGGAUGAGGCGCGGCUCGUGGAGGAAAUGGAGGCCCUGGCCCUCGGCAUCCCCAACCUCACCAGCGAAGCCACUCCCAUCGGCGACGAGCCGCAGCUGCUGAGCUACAUCAAUGAGCACCCGGCCGUGAUCCCGAGCGCAUCAGACAAGGUGUGGAGGUCCCACGUCCACAUCGGCUCGGAGCUGGGCCUGCUUGACUUCGCCGCCGCCGGCAACACCUCCGGCUGGGGCUGGUACUACCUCCUUGACGAAGCCGCCCAGCUGGAGCAGGCCCUCGUCCAGUACGCGUUGGCCGUUGCCACGAGACACGGCUGGCGUCAGGUUGCCCCGCCGAGCAUCGUAUACAGCCACAUCGGCUCGGCUUGCGGGUUCCAGCCACGAGAUCAGAACGGCGAGCAGCAGAUUUACGCGCUCGCUCAGUCGCAGGCCGACGCGGACCGCGGCAAGCCGGAGCUCUCCCUCGCCGGCACCUCGGAGAUCCCAUUGGCCGGAAUGAAGGCCGAGACGACUCUCGACGCCUCCGAGCUCCCCAUGAAGCGCGUCGCCGUCUCGCGCUGCUAUCGCGCCGAGGCCGGCGCCCGCGGCGCAAACACAAAGGGCCUGUACCGCGUGCACGAGUUCACCAAGGUCGAAAUGUUCGCCUGGACGCCCCCCGACCUGGGCGAGACGAUCGAUAUCUUUGAGGAGAUGCUCGACAUUCAAACCGAGAUCCUCGGCUCCCUGGGCCUGCAUUGUCGCGUCCUCGAGAUGCCCUCCACCGACCUCGGCGCCUCGGCCGUGCGCAAGUGCGACAUUGAGGCCUUCUUCCCCUCCCGCCAGCAGCAGAACGACGGCUGGGGCGAGGUCACCUCGGCCAGCAUCUGCACCGACUAUCAGACGCGGAGGCUCGCCACGCGCGCCAAAAUUGACGGCAAGCUCACGUUCCCCUGGACCGUGAACGGCACAGCGCUCGCCGUCCCCAGAGUGCUGGCUGCUCUUUUGGAGGCCGGUUGGAACGAGAAGGAAAUGUCCGUUUCAAUCCCGGCCUGUUUGCAACCGUGGAUGGACGGAAAGGAGAAGAUCAUUAGGAAAACCCCCGCAUAAUGACGGCUCGUGACAGCGUCGUGACUGCACAUGUCGAGCCCAGAUGAACCCUGUAUCUUUUUGUAACCAUACCCUUUUUCACACUCGCGGAAAUUGACACUCGCAGCCCUUUAAGUACAUCUGGCGGGUCUCGAAAAAUAGCAACUCGAUCACGGAGGCGCAUAAAGCAAAUUCACCGUGGCGCACACUCGAUACGUUUGUUCUGUUGCUCCUCUUGUAUUCUACCACUGAACCCUACAAACUGACUAUCCACAAUGCCGAAAACAUCGACUGGUCAUUCUAGCGCUGCCAGCUAC